AGCAGUCAGGAGGAGCGUUUCCUGUUUUUCUAAGCAGAAGCAGCAAUGUUACUCACUUCUUCAGUGCUUACAGAUGUCGGUUAAUCAUUCACUUUUUUGUCUGUGAGGGGAAAAGAAUCUGUAAAGAACUUUACUUACAUUUAGCUUUGAGCAUUUCAUCACAUCUGGUUAAUAGACAGAACCUUCAUGAUGAGUAUGCCAGAGACACUGGAGACAGAGGAGGACCUUCUCACCUUUCUCCACAUUAAGUUUUACCACCCGCAGCAGGCUUGUAAGGGUCUCUAUAAUUUGCUCCCCCUGGGGACCAGGACCAGACACUGUGCUGAUGAUCUUCUCAGGCUGGGCCGUGAUACCCAGGCCUGCACCUACUCUCUGGCUGACCCCCGGGUGUCCCGCAAACAGCUGGCCAUAAACGCCUACCGUACCCCCCACAGCACGAAUUUGCUGUUUUCCAUCCAGAAUCUGAGCCAGAGGGGGCGACUGUCAGUGAACGGCUCCUCACUAAACUACCUGGAGAGGAUGGACCUUCCAGACAAGGCUCUGAUCCGGUUCGGAGAGUAUGAGAUGCUCAUCAUUCGAGAGUCUGGAGAGGCCAAGGCCAGUUUUGAGGUGGACCUAGAGGUGCUGCCAGUGCCUCCGUCCAGAGAGACAUGCACCGUUAUGCCUGGAAGGGCUCCUGUCAUGGACACGGGCCUGAUGUAUCAAUCUACAGCUGGGCUUGGAGAAGAGGGCUCUCAGGAGACUGAUGAGACACUCAUAUGUUAUUCAUGAUGAACAGACUGAACCUGACUAAAUAUCAAGGUAUUACACAUUGCUCUCCAUUUGUUAAGGCUAAAUUACAUCCCUAGCAUCCCUAUUUUAUUGUUAAAUCCUGAAAAUAUUUUAUACUUUUACAACUAGGUACAGUAUGAUAAAGCUGAAAUCAUAAAUGACUGCCUUGGGCGCAGUGCUGAUGGUGUAGGGGUUAAGCGCACAACCAUGUGCAGAGGCUACAGUCCUCGAAGCAGCCAUCCCGGGUUCAAGUCCCAGACCUGGCAACAUUUGCCGAAUGUCUGCCCCUCUCUCUACUCCUCUUUCCCUUCUGCUUACUGUCAAAAAAUAAAGGCCACUAGUGCUGAAACAAUAUCUUUAUAAAUGACUGCCUUCAUUUUUAUCAAUAUAAAUAUUGUAAUGUUUUGUGAAGUUAUUAUAACUUAAGCAAUAAAUGUUUGGUCUAAAAGCAUCUUUUAUAAAAGUAAUGUCAAAAAUCUCUCCAUGAAAGAGAUUAAAGCUUUAAUGUUUGGAGUGUGAUUUUUCUAUGUUGGUGUUCCAAAAAGACUUUCAGUUUAAUGAAAUAACAUUACCACAAACACAUAACAGAGAAGGGGUUUUUCAGGUUUGACCGAACAUUCAAGAUGCAUGUUUGUUUGUCUUUACUGAUAACAAAGGGCCCGACUUCUACUCUGUCGUUAUCUGCUAAAAUGAAUACAAACCCUGUCUUCCACAGGAUUACAUGAGAUCUUCUUUUCCUUGACAGUUUCCAAAAAUGAUUCAGUCAUGGAUCUUUUUCAAGACAAACAUGACCCAGAACUCAACAUGAAGCGCUGUCUGAUCUCCUGUGGUCCACAGAUUUGUAACUGGCUGUGUGAAAAGUCUCGGGUUGUCUGACAGAGCUCUGCUGAUCACCUCCUCACAGUGUUAUCAUUACGUGUCAACCAAUCAGAAGCUGUUUUUUUUCCAAAACCCAUUUUCUUUGUACCUGGCCCUUGUUUUCCUAGUUUCUGGGUUGAAAACACAGAGAAGUGGCUGUAAAAGCCUUCUAUUCGGGCCUGUGAGCUUCUCCAGCAGAACAUACGUGGGACAAACAUGAUCAAUGAUUCCACUCCAGCAGUUACUUAAUACCGUGCAGCAGUAAAUCACAUCAUUAGUUACUUCUGUGUCGACAGGUUUAAGUGUUUCAGUCACAAGACCUCCUGCUGUAAUAAAUUCACAUCCAAUAUAAAGAACCCCCUGCUGUUUGGCAGCCACUAACAGAUGCAUUUCUUUUCUAUUUGGCUAAAUAAUCUUAAUUUUAUCUUCUUAUCAGGAAAUGAACUGGCUGGUGCAUCUCAGUUAAUUAAAGUUAUUAAAUCUCUAUCAGUACAUAAAAGCUCUCGGGUUCUACCGUCCCAUGCCGGAAGUGAUUCUGUUCCUGUUGUUUUAAUAAACAUUUUAGAGCUUCA